AUGGAGAGGGGCGGAGUCGGUCUCGCGCUGGAGACCGCGGCGAUGGGUUUGGUGGUGCUACUGGGCACAGCUGCCAAUGUCCUCUCGCUGGCGGGCGAGCUCCGCUCCGGGGCCUCGCGUCGCGGGCCCGUGGCGCCUCUCGUUGCCAGUCUCGCCGCCGGCGGCCUGGCCCUGCUGGGCCCCGCGAGCGUCGGGGUCGCGGCGCGGUGGACGGAGGGGUGGCGACUCGGCGAUGCCGCCUGCAGGUCUGUGUUCGCCCUGCUGGUCGCUGGGGGCGCCGCCUCCCUCCUCAGCACCGCCGCCAUCAGCGCCGCGCGCCUGCGCGCGCUCAGCCGGGGCCCCUCUCGGGGGGGGUCCCGGAGGGAGUUGGGCGCCGCGGGGCUCACGGCCGGGGUCAUCUGGGCCCUGGCGGCACUCGCGGCCAUCCCCGCCGCCCUGGGGUUCACAACGAGGGGGUUCACGUACGGGACCCAGGAGGUGGUGGUGUGCACCUUGGUGUGGCCGGGCCGUGGCGGCUCACUGAGCUGGGUCUCCUCCAUGUUCGUGAUGCUGUUGUUGCUGCCAGCGAUGGUAAUGACAGCGAGCCACGCCCGCAUCAUACAGGUUUUAAGAUCAAACCGCGCACGCCUCCAUCGGCCCCCCGGGGCCCCCUCCACCGCCCACACCCCGGAGGGAGUUUCGGGGGCCCCCCGAGACACCGAGGACCCCGAACCAGGGCCGCUCCCCGGCUCUCCGCCGGGGUUCGCGGUGGCGGCCAUAACGAGGGCCUUCGCUGGGAAUCCUACGGCACGCGGCGAUCGUCAUCAUCGCCGUCAGCGGUGGCGGCGGAGCGAGACGGGGGGCCCUCGGCGGACCCCUGUGCCUCCCCGCGAACGCCGCCUCCGCGUCACGCUCUGCGUGCUCCUGCUGGCCCUCUGCCUGUCGUGGGGGCCGCUCUUCGCCGUCAUGUGGGUGGCGGAGGCCGACGUGGCCGCGGGGCCGCGCGGGGACGACGGCGGCGGCGGCGGCGGCGGCCCCCGGGGAGACGAGAGGAGCGAGGGGCUUACGCUCACGUCCACGGCCUUCGUGUGGGCCCUCGCCGCCUGCCUGGUCGGGGCCGCCGCUAACCCCUGGCUCUAUGGGAACCUCCGCUCGCGGCUGUGCGUGGCCGGAGCCCUGCGGCGCUCCUGCUGCUGUCGCUGCCGACGCUGGCGCGAGGCUGAGGACCCGGAGCGAGACUCCCACGGCUCCCGGAUCCGAAUGCCUCCAGCGACGGUGCCGGCGAUGGCGACCCCGCCCGGAGGAGGAGGAGGAGGAGGAGCCGGGGGCCCGCAGGAUGCCCCCCGGCCUUGGGGACCGACGGCCGCCCCCCUCUCCCAAACUCGGCCGACCCGUGGGGAAGAGAGUGGCGUUACGCUGGAGCUGUCUGUGUGAAAGGAGGGCAGCUGUCCCCAGUGGCCCCCGCGUGCCACACCACAUCCGGUGCGCGUCUUCUCUCGUCUUAUUUCAUGUCUAUACAGAGCGCCUUAGGCUUGGAGAAGGCAUACGACCAUGUUCCCCGGAAUGUCUUGUGGGAGGUGCUGUGGGAGUUUGAUGUGCCGGUGCCACGUUUAUUUGCUAUCCGGUCCCUCUAUUCCGAGAGCGAGAGCUGUGUCCAUAUUCUUGGCGUUGCAUCAAAUUGUUUCACCGUGGGUGUCUUGUCGCCACUCCUGUUAGUGAUUUUCAUGGACAGGAUAUCAAGGCGCAGCCGUGGUAUUGAGAGUAUCCAGUACAGGGGGCAUGGAGGUCGCGUUGCCACUUUUUGCAGACGACGUUGUCCUCUUUGCCUCGUCAGUCUGCGAUCUCCAGCGUGCACUUGAACGGUUUGAUGCCGAGUGCGAAGCGGCUGGGAUGAGGAUCAGCACCUCCAAAUCUGAGGUCACGGUUCACUACCGGGAGAUGGUUGCAUGUGCUCUCCAGGUGAGGGGGGGGACAGCUGCCCUCAGUGGAGGAGUUUAAGUACCUCAGGGUCUCUUUCGCGAGUGAUGGUAAGUGGGAGCGAGAGAUCGGCUGGUGGAGCGGUGCGGCGGCUGGAGUGAUGCGGGCGCUGUGCUGUUUCGUGGCAGUGAAGCAGAAGCUGAGUUCUCGAACAAAGCUCUCCGUUUACAGGUCGAGCUACAUUCCCAACCUCACCUACAGUGAGGGAAAAAAAGUAUUUGAUCCCCUGCUGACUUUGUACGUUUGCACACUGAAAAAAAAGAAAUGAUCAGUCUAUAAUUUUAAUGGUAGGUUUAUUUGAACAGUGAGAGACAG